CAUGAUCACGUGACCAACCCGGAACUACUACCCUCAUUGAAACAAUUCUCAGCAGCUGAAAGCUGGGUGGUCGAAGAUUUUUUACACUAUCUGAAGGCUUGUGGUGUAGAUGGCGAGCCCGGGUGAGAGGAGAUGUGUGUUGGUGACGGGGGGCACGGGCCUGGUGGGCCGAGCGAUAGAGCGCGUGGUGAAGGAGGAGGGAGCAGCGAGGGAAGGUGAGGAGUGGAUCUUCCUCUCCUCCAAAGAUGCCGACCUCACGGAUGGGGAGGCGACCAAAGCGCUGUUCCGCAAGCUGCGGCCCACUCACGUCAUCCACCUGGCGGCCAUGGUGGGCGGACUGUUCCGGAACAUGAGGCUCAACCUGGACUUCUGGAGGAAAAACAUCUUCAUCAACGACAACGUGCUGCAGGCGUCCCAUGAGGUGGGCGUGGUCAAAGUCAUCUCCUGCCUCUCCACCUGCAUCUUCCCAGACAAGACCAGCUACCCCAUCAACGAGACCAUGAUCCAUAAUGGCCCUCCUCAUGACUCCAACUUUGGCUACUCCUAUGCCAAGAGGAUGAUCGACGUCCAAAACAGGGGCUACUUCAAUCAGUACGGUCGGCGCUACACCGCAGUGAUCCCCACAAACGUGUUCGGGCCGCACGACAACUUCAACAUAGAGGACGGACACGUGCUACCCGGACUCAUACACAAAGCCUACAUCGCACAGAAGGAGGGUACUCCCCUGACUGUGUGGGGCUCUGGUACGCCGCGACGGCAAUUCAUCUACUCGCUGGACCUGGCACGCCUCUUCCUGUGGGUGCUGCGUAACUACGAAGAGGUGGACCCCAUCAUCCUCUCAGUUGGAGAGGAGGAUGAGUUGUCCAUCAAGGAGGCAGCAGAGGGAGUGGUGGAGGCCAUACAGUUCAAAGGGGAGGUCAUCUUCGACACCAGUAAAGCGGAUGGCCAGUUCAAGAAAACUGCCAGCAAUGACAAGCUACGACAAUACUUACCAGACUUCAAAUUCACACCCUUCCACACAGCCAUUAAGGAGACUUGUGAUUGGUUUGUGGCCAACUAUGACACAGCCAGGAAGUGAAGAUUCCUUCUGCUGAUGGGCUGCUUGUAAGCCGCUAAAAGACUCCUGCUCCGCCUCAUGGCGAGCCGAAAACCAAUGGGAUUAAAGGUGGUGCCGGGUCCUGAAGCGUGAUUGGAGUAACUUACCCAGGUGGCAGGGUUUUGCAAAUGCUCAUAACUGGGAAGGUUUUUUUUUUUAAAUCAAGGCUUUUACUUUUCAUCUUUUUUAAAAUCCUUUUUUAUUUGGUUUUAUGGGAUUUAGACAAAUCAUUAGACAAUGUACUAAACAAAAGAGGUAUAGAAGAAUGAUUGGAGUGAAUCGAGAUGUCUGCUACUGUAUGUACGGUAUACACGUUUGAAUGGGAAUAUAAAGAGAUGCAUCGCUGGUGGCUUCGUAGGCCUUUUCUGUGACCGAUUCCCCUCCACGUAUUUUCCUCUGAACACAAUCAAGGCUGGUGGACCGGUUCCUUUUCGCAGUGAUUUACUUCUUAAGUUAUGUGGUGGUGUUGUUACACAAAGUAUGUGUUUUUUGUUGCCUGAGCUUGUCCUGACUGAGUACACUUAAUGAUGAUGAAGAAGAAAAAUACUUUUAUAUGGUGUCUUUUAUAUGUGGGUGCAUAAUAAUAAAUUAUAUUGUUUCCUUA